AAACAAACCUCUGCCUCAAUCAGCUGAUCGUGACGUCACAUGUAAACGUUUGACAACGUUGUAUUUUGAAGGUUUCCAGGCUGUCUCUUAGAUGCAAAGUUAACCAAAUCUACAAUGUCUUACAAACUUAAAUUUCUAAAACCAGGUGAUGACAUAUUUACUGAAGACCGUAGUGAUGUAGACCAGACAAAUGGGACUUCCUUUAUCUACAAUCCCCACCAUUCUAUGACAAUUGAUAAACAACGCCAGAGGUUGCCUGUUUUCCCAGCUCGAAACCAUAUACUCUAUUUGAUUGAGAAAUUCCAGACCACCAUAGUUGUUGGAGAGACUGGUUCUGGAAAGAGUACACAAUUACCACAGUAUCUCAGAGAAGCUGGCUGGCCUGUAGAUGGAAUAAUCGGCAUAACACAGCCCAGGCGUGUUGCAUGUACCUCACUCGCCAAUCGUGUCGCAGAUGAGUGUGAUGUUAUAUUAGGGCGAGAAGUUGGUUAUUCAAUACGGUUUGAUGAUCGCUGCAUACCAGGGACCACACAAAUCAAGUACAUGACAGAGGGCAUACUUGUUCGAGAGAUGAUGGCUGAUCCCUUGUUAAGACAGUACUCAGUAAUAAUCUUGGAUGAGGUGCAUGAAAGAACGCUGUAUACAGACAUAGUUCUAGGCCUGAUGAAGAAAAUUUUAAGAAAACGUCGAGAUUUGCGAUUAGUCAUCAGCUCAGCAACUGUGGAUGCAGAUCAACUGUACAACUUUUUCAACUUCAAUACAACCAGCAAGAGAGAGAAAGAUACAGCAGCAGUUAUUUCAGUGGAGGGCCGUACUCAUCCAGUUGACAUCUUUUAUCUAGAGGAAGGAGCAGCUGACUAUGUAAAAUGUAGUGUUGAGACAGUAAUGAAGAUCCACAGAAAAGAACCUGCUGGUGACAUUCUGGUUUUUCUAACAGGAGUAGAAGAGGUUGACAACUGUGUAUCCUAUCUGAAGGAAGAGGCUGCUUCUCUCAAGAAAAAUGAAGAUUCACUGCUUGUCUUGCCAAUGCAUGGGAGUCUAAGUAACAGUGAACAGUUACGUGCCUUCCAGUCUUCACCUGUUGGAGUAAGAAAAGUUGUUGUUGCUACCAACAUUGCUGAGACUUCUGUUACAAUUCCUGGGAUUGUGUAUGUGGUGGACUGUGGCUUUGCAAAGCUUCGAUGGUACAAUGUGAAGAGUCACACUGAUUCAUUGGUAGUUGUUCCUACCUCAAGAGCAUCUGCCACUCAGAGAGCUGGAAGAGCUGGAAGGGUGAGAUCAGGAAAAGUGUACAGGUUGUAUCCAGAGGAUGAGUUUGACAAGCUAAGUGAAGUCACCCCACCUGAGAUGGUCAGAACUAAUCUCUCGCCAGCAGUUCUGAGUCUCAUGGCCUUAGGGAUUGAAAAUAUGCUCAGGUUUGACUUCCCUUCACCACCUCCUGCCCGACACCUAACAGCUGCCUUGGAUGAACUCGUUGCCCUCGGAGCUCUCAGUGAAGAUGGCACACUGACUAGACCUCUAGGACAACAGAUGGCAGAGUUUCCCUUGUCUCCACAGCUAUCAAAGAUGCUUUUAGUGUCAG